GCGCAAGGGAUUGUGGGUGCCCGCGUGAUGACGUCACCGCGCGAUGGCGUCGCUAAGCAGGAGCCAGGCUGACGUGCGGCCCGCGGAUGAAGGCUCGACUCAGGACCCCGAUGCUGCCCCAAUGCCUGCACCGAAAAUCAGGCACGAGUGGUACCAGACGGAUGCCCACGUGGUGCUCUCCGUUCUCCUGAAGAAGGCGGCGCAAGAGAGCGUGAGCGUGGAGCUCACGGACACCACGUGCUGCAUCACUUCCACGUUACUUGGCGGGGCCCAGUACACUCUCCAGCUGUGUCUCUGUCACCGGAUCAUCCCAGCCGAGAGCUCUCACCGGGUCCUGUCCACCAAGAUCGAGGUGAAGAUGUUGAAGCGGGACUCUCAGCGCUGGGCCUCCCUCGAGGGAGCCGGAGAGACGUCCACUGCCAGGAGCUUCACUGCAGACUCAUCCACACUCCCCGCCGCUACCGCUACCGCCGAAGCCGGCACGGGCACCGGUGCAGCCGGCGGCGGCGGUGCAGCCGGUGGUGGCGGUGCAGUCCGUGCGAGGGACUGGGACGCUCUGGGCCGAGCCAUUGCGGAGGAGGAGCGCAGCGAGAAGUUGGAGGGAGACGCUGCCCUGAACCAGCUCUUCCAGCAGAUCUACGCCGAUGCCACGGAGGAAACGCGGCGCGCCAUGAACAAGUCCUUCGUGGAGUCAGGUGGUACGGUGCUGAGCACAAACUGGGGAGAGGUUGGACAAAAACGCGUUCCCAUCAAGCCACCCGAUGGCAUGGAGUGGAAAGACUUUGAGAUUUAGACUCGCUCAAUCGUAGACUCGCUCACCCGUACACUCGCUCACUCGUACACUCGCUCACUCGUACACUCGCUCACUCGUACACUCACACAUACUCGCACAUGCUCGCACUCACACUCGUACACACAUUC